AUGUCGGGACGGAAGAAGUCUUCGAGGGGGUCACAUCCAACUGUUUCACCUACAGAUGAGGAUGGGGCCGCAAUUUCUCUCCCUGCUGACAUGCUGCUGCCUGUCGUUCGCAAGCUAAGUCUUCGUUGCAAAGAAGUUGCUUUUCGUCCUGCGCACAGCCGGCUUGUUAACCUGAAUUGCACGCGACCACAUGGGGCUCUGCAGGAGGGAGAACUCCGUGCCAGGGCGAGCUCGCCCGAGGUUCCCGAAACUUUGUUGACUGACAUUGUGACAAUGGUCAAUGAUUCCCAGAGACUUCUUCGUCGUGCUCCAGACUUUAGUCUCGAGACGGUUUUCACGAACGCCAUGGAUUUGUUGCAUUCCGCUGCUUUUCGGCUUAACUGGCUCGACACGGUGGCAAAAUCCUGCGACAGUGCGGUGGCGUACCCAUUUACUGCAUUUCGCUUUAUGGGGCCUCGGCCGCUAAGCUCCUCAAGCGCCGCCCUCCCAGCUGACGAAGGGGUCCAGAGGUGUGUGCGGACGGCCGAGACUAUACAACGGAUCCUGCGGGUUUUCGCUGCUGCCUCCAACAAUAGCCAGUGGCAGUUGCAACACCUCCUCUUCCACGUCGUGCGAAAUGAAAAGGCUUCUGUGAAGGGGCUGGUCUCGGUCAACUACAACAGCCGCCACAUUACGGUUUGUUGCGGUCUCUACUAUUAUCGCGUGGAUGUACUGGAUGAGGAUGGAUUUGUCGCUGAUGCAGAGAUUCUCGCAGGGCGUCUGCAGGCUGUUCGGGAACACGCAGAACGCACGGAACGGGCACUUUUUGAACAGAAACUGUUGCCCGAUGCCCGGGAGGAACUGCUGGCAUUCUACCAGCUUCUGGGUAGCCUGACGAAGAUUGACCGUACGGAAUGUGCUGCGGUCAUGGAACGCCUGAAGAACUCUGACCCUGCCAACGCGGCUUCUCUUGUCGACAUAGACACGGGGAUAUUCACGGUGGUUCUCCAAAGUCUGGACAACAAGGCGGCGUCGGCUCGAUGGUACAGAAGUGCCCUUGUGCUUGAGGAGCAGGAGGAGACGGGCGUGCUGGCGGUGCGUGGACACUCCAUCUUGGUCCACGGCGAGGAUCUUAUGGACUUCCUCACGCGGGUCUUCUCCCGGGACGCCGCGUCUGACGGGUUGAGCAAAAGCGGGGAUGAAUCCUUCGGCGCGGGGAAAGCUUCUACCAUCGACGGAGGGCUGCCUCCGGGUGUGGAGCACUUGGAUUUGUGGCUGCAGUGGAAGCACCGUAAACCUAUGCGGCCCUACGCGGUGGCCAAACCCGCCCCACCCGCGUUCCCGCUUCCCAUUUCACAGGAGACUGGCCUCUCUUUUGUCCAUCUUUGCAUGUCUGCCGUUCUCGCGGUGCAGCAGGUGUUAACGCCCUGUACGGAAUUUCCGACAGUUUUAGUUGCCUUUCCACACCGGAGGGGCGGACUGUCGGCGGCGUUGAUGUAUUCAUGCGAAGUCGAGGCCUUUAUUCGCUCCCUGUGCUGUGGGUCCGCGCUGGUGGAGCGGCAUGCCACAAAAGAAUUAGCUCUCAAAGCUUUACACAGCCUGGCGAAGAUCAUUGACGUUUGCUUUCAUGAAACGUACCCCAUCUAUUCCAUGGCGAAGUUGCUCCUUGCCGAAGGAAAAGCGACAGCGACAGGCGCUUGCGUGGACAACGCCAUUUUGGGCAUGGUAGACCUUCAUGUUACAAUUGGUAUGCUGGGCUCAGGCAAGAAGGCGUUGGAUUGUGAAACAUGUCUGCCAUUGCCCUCGCGGUUUGCGCUCACCUGUGGUGCAGCGGGGCGUAUUUCGCAGAAGUCAUCCGUGCGGGGACCCUCGGAGGCCACUUUGAGUUGUGCCGCGCUGAAGGUGUCGGAAGCCAACGAGGCGUCCACGUUGGGGGCGCAACUAGCGGCGUGCAUUGCGGCGAAGUCUCAGGAGUUGCUGUCUUUAGUUUCCAAUGUAAACCCACGUUAG